AUGACUUACAGAGAUAUUAGCCAUCUUUGCGAGAUGGCUCGAGUUCUUUCUUAUCCACGUUUAAUCUCAAUGGAAAAUUUUCGUCAACCAAACUUUCGUCUUGUUGCUGAACUAAUGUCAUGGCUUGUUAAACAAUAUGAUCCAUUAAGUGAUGUUCCAACUGAUAUUGAAAGUGAACAAGAUCGAGUCAUAUUUAUUCGAACAGUUGCUCAAAUCAUUGCUACAAAAGCACAUUUAAAAUUAAAUACAAAAAAACUUUAUCAAGCUGAUGGUUAUGCAGUUAAAGAAAUUCUUAAAGUUAUAACACCACUUUAUAAAGCAUUGAGAGAUAGUGAAAGUAAAGAAUUAGAUGAUGAAGAUGAUAUUGAUAAUCGAUAUCGUUAUACAAUGAAUGACGAUAUUGGUAUACUUAAAAGUGCUCGUUUACUCUGUUCGACUAUCACACAAAAAGGUGCUAAUUUACAUGAAUUAUUAGGAAAAGAACUUGAUGCACGAGAAGCACGUCAAGACGUAAUGAGUCGAACUAUGGAAUUAUCAGAUGUUCGAGAAGGUAUAAAAGAAGCUGAAAGUGCAGCUAGACGUGAAUUAUUAAACCAUGAAAAAUUAAUCGGUAAUGUUCAAAUAGAUGAAGUAGCACUUGAUGAAAAAAUAGCUAAACGUUUGGAAGAAAAAGAUCGUCAUCAACGACGACUUAAUAUGUUAAAGAGUGUUAGGUACAUAUAUAAAAAA